AGAGAAAGGUGAGAAAGAAGAAAACCUGUGGCUGCGGGGCAACCGUCAAGCUUCCGAAGCAAACUGAAUCCAAAGAGAGCCGUCGUCGGAGUUGAAUCUGUGGCCUCAGCGAGCGGAUCUCAGCAGGCUUCUUGCGGUUGCACUCCAUCCUACCUCCCUCGCUUUCUACCCCCCAGUUCCUCUUUCCUCGCCUAAACAAACCCUUGCACACUCGUACCCACUUCAGAUCCUUUAUUUCCGGGCGUUUCUGAUUUUGGCAGGGCUUCUUUCCCUAUUCUUUCGCCACAGCCCGUUUUCCCCCUUCAACUCCCAUCAUGCCCGUCCCAACCUCGCCUACGUACAUUACCCUCAGGAAUGGCGACCAAGUAAAAGUCAAUGACCAUGUUUAUUGUUCACCUACUUGGUCCAUUCGUGACGGCACGCCUUACUCAAUUGCCCGCAUAAUGGAGUUCUUGCCUGCGCAAGGCACACCCACAUUCGAUUCGGUAGGAAAACGCAAUGAACCAUUCACACGUGUCCGUUUGGCAUGGUAUUAUCGUCCGGGGGACGUGAGUGACCGUCCGGUCGCUGAUUCCCGCCUCCUUCUUGCCGCUAUCUACUCUGAGGUCUGCGACCUCAACCAACUACGAGCAAAAUGCCACGUCAUUCACAGAGAUAAAAUAUCUGAUCUCGCUGGUUGGAAGAAACGUCCAGAUAGAUUUUAUUUUACUCGACUAUUCGACCCCUGGAUUCGCAAGGAAUUCGAGGUGAUACAGGCAACUUCUGUUCGAAACAUUCCUGAUCACAUCAGGGAAGUGCUCACAGGCAGAUACGAGUAUGUUGUAGCAGAAAAGGAGAUUGUUCCAGAUUUGACAGAUGAACUACGGCUAUGCGCAACUUGCGAGAAAUGGUGCCCACCCCCCGAGACGGUCCAGUGCGAUCGCUGCAAGAACUUCUUCCAUAUGGCGUGUGUGACGCCACCGCUUUUAGCCAAGCCUAGUCGUGGAUAUGGAUGGACUUGCGCCCCCUGUUCGCGACAACAUGAGGAAGAGGUUGAUAGCCAUGAAGUUCGACACCCCACGCCGGUAGCGCCCAAGCCCAAGUCCAACGCCCCCGCUCCGAGGGGAAGGGGGCGACCACGCAAAGACCGGGUGUUGGCCGAGAAGGAGGAGAAUGUGGAAAUCAAGCACUUCAAGAUGUGGCCGUUCAGAUAUUUUGGGCAAUACACAGUUGCUGAAGAUACCCUUGAUCCCGAAGACUUUAUCUUCCCACGAGCUGCUACUAGAGUUGGACCCAAAUACCAGGUUAACUGUUUUCCCGUUGCCGGUUCUGAGAAUAAUCUUCCUCCAGGGAUAGAGGAAAGAGGAACAGAGUCAACGAUCGAGGUCCUUAACUCUGUCCACGAAAUGUCGCCCGAGGAAGGUGCGUCUUUGGUUUUCGAACUCCGCACGUUUGUAUUUCAUCCGGUUGUUGAUGCUUAUUUGUUUCUAGUGGCUGCAAUGGAGACAUACAAGUCUACUUUGACUAGGAAUGAGAAACUCAAGCACAAUAUUGAUUGGCUCACAGAAGCGAUUCGCCGGUUUUCUGCGGCAUGGCAGAACAGACGUGACAUGGCAACGGUCAACAUGCAGAGCCCCAAUCGCCUCGAGAAGUGGAAGACAGAGCAGACGAGAUACAUAGAUCGAGAAUGGUCAGAGGCUGAGAAGGCUGCUUUCGAAGAUGCCAUUCUCAAUCACGGUGCCGAACUUCGGCCUGUCCGGGACGAGGUUGGUUCCAGGACAAUGCCAGAAGUAGUUAGGUACUAUGGUCAUUGGAAGAAUAUGAAACUUGGAGAAGAGAAUCGUAGGAUCAAAGCCGCCCGCGCAUCUGGUCUUUCUAUGCUUGCUCGUCCACCUUCACGCGCUGGUUCUGCUGAGGAAGACUCCUCAAUUAUUGCGGAACCUACCAAAGGUAACGCCAGCUGUGGUGCUUGCCGCACUCGGGAAUCCGACAACUGGUGGAAAGCUCCGAAAGGCCUGGUCACUAAUGUACUGUGUGAUAAUUGUGGUAUCAGCUGGAGGAAGUACGCGGACCUGAACGUCCGACCGUUCCGGGAGGAAACGAUUUCCAAACACACGAAGGGCGCUGACAAGCGUGAAGGUACUCCGCUGACUGGGCCGGCUGCCAAACGCGCUCGGACAUUGUCAACUAUCCAGGCUACACCUCCACCGUCGGUUUCUCAGCAGAAUCGAUGUUUGGCUUGUUAUAAGAAUGGCCUUCCGGGUAAAGUAUUGCGAUGUCGGAAUUGUUCAUUCCGGGCACAUCCUGGAGUGAUCGGAGCAGUUGUUGAUGCGACCAGCCUCGACCAGUGGCUAUGCGACCUCUGCUCGAACGAGAAGUUGCAGGAAUUCUCGGUGAAUUAUGACUGCCUUCUCUGUCCACGGACACGAAAGGACCCAAAGAAGAAACAAUUCCAUCCUCCAGCUGAUUCUUUCUUACGAUCAUGCAAACCUACAGAGGGUCAAGCCUGGGUUCACACUCUUUGCUCCGUUUUCAUCCCAGAGAUCUCAUAUUCUGAUGCGACACGAUUACGAUUGGUGGAAGGGAUCAGUACAAUGCCGCCUUACCGAUGGAUGAAUAAAUGUACAUUAUGUGAUCAGAGUGGAGGGGCAGUCGUACGAUGUAGUGAUUGUCCAGCUGAGUAUCACGUCUCGUGUGCUUGGAAGGCCGGUCACAAGUUCGGGUUUGAGAUGCAACCAGUCAAAGCAAGUCGGCGGGAUACAACUACUGUUGUUGACUUCAAAGACUUCAAUGGGUGCAUGGUACCAACUGUGACUUGCAAAGGACAUCCAGCGCACCGGAGGGAGAGAUUCGAGAUGUGCGAAAUGAACGAACUUGGAGAGACUGCUGUUCAAGUAUACUGCAAGAACUACAAGCAAGCUCCUACCGCCAACAUACACGGUCUCCUCCGUAAAGCCCGUCGACUCGAUCAAAUCAUCCAAACAGAGGACUCCAUCGACUCCGAGAGCACACUAGCAAGCUCCGAAAUGCACUGUUGGAGUUGUGGCACCGAGUAUUCGCCAUGUUUCUACUCCUUCACUGUGAAAGAGUUCAUGGUCGGAGAUGAAUUCGGCGAGGCAUGGGAGUGUCAUAAUUGUCAUAUGAAGCAAAUUGAGAAUCACCAGGAAAGUGUCAACGGGGGUAACGGGCUGAAUGGUAUAAAUGGUAUGGAUGGUAUGGACGGCAUUGAACCUUCAUAAUUGUCCGUCUCUCGUACGCCUACACCUAUGUGCUAUGCGGCAUUGGUUCAAUGUUGGGUUCCUUUGGGCAAUAGGAUUACAUGUACUAUGUUAUAUGGGAAGGGGAUAGUCAAUGCAUAAAGAUGGCAAAAAGGAAAUACGGGCGAAAGCAACAACAACCGGGCGAAAGAGAAGAAAAGAAUGAAUGCGAUGGUGGAAACAACAAUAGUGUGAAGUGUAACUUAGAAUUUGGUCCUCUUGUAGUACAAAACGUAAGCCGGCUUUCCCUGU